AUGGGAAUGUCAUUCGAUCAACAGGGCGAUGAGGAGCAUCAACUGGAUGAGGCGGCAACUGCGAUCAUGCUGAGGCGCUUACCAAGCAAGUUGAUGAUCGACAGCUUCCUGGAGAUUUUGAACCAGUUCUGGCCAGGUCGCUACAAUUUCGUUUACGUGCCCCAUGACAAGUCACGGGCACGGAACGUGGCCUUGGCCUUCGUGAACUUCACGGACAGUGAAUCGGCUAGAAUGGCAUAUGUGUACUUUCAGGGAGGCGCCUGUCCGAUGGACACCCGCCUUGGUCGUCACCUUCGUGUUUGUCAAGCAGACGUCCAGGGACUCAAUCUCAACCUGGCGUAUUUUAUCGCCAGGAGUGGCUUCAGCGACAUGGGUAAUCCCCAUGCGCCUCGAGUCUUCGAGAACGGUCGACGCAUCGACCUCUUGGAGGCCGCGAAGAAGCACGUGACAAUGCAACUUGUGGCACAGGCAAGUCAGCACAUGAAGGCCGUCGACGAUGCCCGGGCGAGAAGAGAGGCGCCGAAGCAACACUGUCGCAACGAUGCCUAUGUGCCACACGUGCCACAAGCUCCCGGACACCAUGCUUGGCAUAGAGACCGAGAGGAUGACAGCAGCGGAUCGUCUACGCGGCUACGAGGAGCUUCCGAAAGUGUUGGGACCGAUCCCAGCGCCAGCAGCUCUUCGAGCCAUUCGACGACACAGCGACACCGACGUCGAAAUGCCCUAGAAGUUCGAAAUCCGAAAUGCCCUCUGGGAGGCGACGGUGAUCUGGUCCAUGUCCACUACACCAGUUUCCUCAAAAAGGAGGGGACGCAGUUCGAAAGUACUAGGGGCGGUGAUCCGUAUGUGUUCAAGCUGGGCAAGUGCAAAGAUCACUCCAAGCCUGAGUGCAUGAAGGGCUUUCAGUCCGCCCUGCUGGGCAUGUGCGCCGGGGAGAAGCGGAAGGCCACCGUGCCGCCCAAGCUCGGUUACGACAAGAAGGCUCGCCCUUCGGGAGUUCGAUCCGACGAGCAUCUCAUCUUCCACCUCGAAAUGGUGGACAUCGACAAAGCUUAG